AUGAAAAUUUUGAAAGGCCUCCACGUUUAUCCCGAAAAUUCUACAUCCUCGUCAAAACCUCCCAAGAUCAGAUCCCCGAGUAUAGGUGCAGUCACUCUUCUAGCACUCAGAAACUGUGCUCCUGAUGUGUUCCCGUAUGUCGCAGCCGUCGGUGGCGGAAACCCCCGAACAGGAUUCGACACGAUUUUAUCUGCCGAGACUUUCGUUUCAGCUCUCUUCGUUGGUUUCGUCGUGAUCUAUGCAGUUCCCUUUUUUGUCUCCCCUGCGCCUUUUAUAAGGGACGUGUUGUUUUAUCUGACGACGACGUUGGGGAUGGAUAGUGGUGGGAAAUUGAAAUUUCAUCCGGAUAAAGAUAACAAGCCUACUGAUUUAUUUGAUAUAACAUCGGAUUUAUCAUUGAUUAUUGCUUCAGGCCCUUACACCACGACUGACAACUUAUUAUUUGAGCCAUUAUCUGAUCUUCUUGCAUAUGCACAAAGAAAGCAGCCUCAGUUGCAUAUACUGUUAGAGCCUUUCAUUGAUUUGGAGCACCCCAAGAUCAAGAAAGGAGCUUUAAACAGGACUUAUGAUGAUUUAUUCCAUCUUGAAAUCCUUAGGAGGGGGGAUGCAGUUUGCAGAGCAGAUUCUGCUGCUGUAGCAAUAACGACAACUGAUCUUGUGAGCAAGAGUGUAGCAGUUGUAGAUAGGGAUACUAGCACCAGUGCUACCAUUAUUGCUUUGGCUAGUGGUUUAUCUGAAUCAAAUGUAAUGCAAGGGCUUGCCAAAUCAAUAGCAUGGGAUGGAGAAGGGGCAACAAGUCUGAUAGAGUUCCAUCAUGAUGUCAAUAUUUUGUCUUCUUCUCUUGCUAAUAGGUCCAAGAAAUCUUGUACGUAG